AUGAAGAUUCCCAAACUCGUCAGUUUUCUUGGUCUGAUUGCUGCUGUGAAACUAAAUGUCGCAGCACAUUCGGUACAAACCUCCGCCUGGGAUAGUGAGACCCGACUCGAGAAUAUCAUUAUCCAUACACCGUCUCAUCGAGUUGACGCCCACUCACACUUUGAGUUGUCCUUUAGCCUUCCCGGGCAGGGAGCGCUAAAGUUGAGCUUCGAGCCGAACCAUGAUAUCCUCACACAAGGGUCCCGUGUCCGGUACCUCGGUGCAGACGGCGUAGUUCGCAGGACGGAAGCCGUGAACAAGGCCCAACACAAGGUAUUCAAAGGACUUGUCUCUACGCAGCGCAUUGGUGCAGGCGCAACUUGGAAUCACGUUGGCUGGGCGCGGAUAUACAUCCAUCCAGAUGGAGAUGAUCCUUUGUUUGAAGGAAUCUUCAGCGUUGUCGGUCAGCAGUACCAGGUGACGAUAAUAUCAGGACCCGGAAAUACCAGGGAACCACAGAUGGUUGUUCACUAUCAUUCUGCAUACCACACAUGGGACCAAUUAGCACCUCGAUCGCCGCAGUCUUCAGGGAAUCCCUUCAUCACAGACGAAGAUUUACCGUGCCCUAGCACCAGAAGAGUCGCGUUAGUAGGCAUCGCGACCGAUUGCUCCUACUCGGCCUCGUUCACGUCCAGCGAUGAGCUCCGGCGAAACAUCAUCAACAUGGUGAAUACGGCUUCGGAAGUCAACGAGCGGACCUUCAACAUCUCGCUCGCCCUCCACGACCUGACCAUUAGCGAUCGGGACUGCCCAAGCACUCCUUCCAGUUCAACGUCGUGGAAUGCCGACUGCUCUGCAGGAGAUCUGAACUGGAGACUCAGUCGAUUCACGUCCUAG